CGAGCCAAUACCGAACCGUUCACAAAUGGCAAGAAAAAGAUGAAAAAAAGGUACGGCCUGGGAAAGAUCGUUUCAAACGAACUGAUAAGCCGAAGCAGAAGCCGAUCCCCAACCGACGGCGUUGACAUCCAGCGACUCUCAGCAAUCUUCGUCGGAGAGAGCGAGAGGGCUAAUAAGAUAAGAUACUCUAUCAAAAUGGGAGGGCGUGAAGAGGCCAAGAAGAUAGGUCGGAGGGGUAGGGCAGCGGUGGUGGUUCUGGGCGAUAUCGGCCGCAGUCCUCGAAUGCAGUAUCACGCCCUUUCUCUCGCCCGUCAGGCAUCCCUUGAAGUAGAUAUUGUAGCAUAUGGAGGCUCUGAGCCCCACUCAGCUGUAUUACAGAACCAAUCAAUUCACAUGCACAAAAUGAAGCAGUGGCCGCCAAUCCCAAGGGGUUUGCCAAAAAUACUACGUCCCUUUGUGCUUUUGCUGAAGCCAUUGAUUCAGUUUCUUAUGCUUCUUUGGUUUCUUUGUGUUAAAAUACCUGCACCAGAUGUUUUUAUAGUGCAGAAUCCACCAUCUGUUCCAACAUUAGCGGCAGUAAAAUUGGCAAGCUGGUUGAGGCGUUCCACUUUUAUUGUCGAUUGGCAUAAUUUUGGAUACACUUUGCUUGCUUUAUCUCUCGGAAGAAGUAGUUUUUUUGUGACACUAUACCGCUGGUUUGAGAAGCAUUACGGGAAGAUGUCAAACGGUUCCUUAUGUGUGACAAGAGCAAUGCAACACGAAUUGGCACAAAACUGGGGAAUCAAAGCCUCGGUCCUUUAUGAUCAGCCUCCCGAGUUUUUUCGACCCACUUCUCCUGAGGAUAAGCACCAGUUGUUUUGUAGGAUACACGACUAUCUUAUUCAGCCUUAUGGUCUUGGAGAUUGCAUCAGUUAUGGAAUGGUCCCAAUGACGAGUCGUGAUCUAAAUGAAACCCUAUUUACAGCCUGGUUCAGUGAUGACAUUUCCUUGAAGCAAAACAGGCCAGCACUCAUUGUUAGUAGUACAAGCUGGACUCCAGAUGAAGACUUUGAAAUUCUUUUGGAAGCAGCAGUUAUGUAUGACAGACGUGUUGCUGCAUUCUUAAAUGAAGACGACUCAACUGGAGAUGAGAUUCUUUGGAAGGAAAUUUAUGAUGGGAAGCAGUUCUUGUACCCAAGGUUGUUAUUUAUCAUUACAGGUAAGGGCCCUGAGAAGGAAAAAUAUGAAGAAAAAAUAAGAAAACUUCACCUCAAACGUGUAGCUUUUCGUACCAUGUGGCUAUCAGCUGAGGAUUACCCUUUACUUCUUGGAUCAGCAGACCUAGGUGUUUGCCUGCAUACUUCCUCAUCUGGUUUGGAUCUUCCAAUGAAGGUUGUGGAUAUGUUUGGAUGUGGAUUGCCUGUUUGUGCGGUUUCAUACUCUUGCAUAGAGGAACUCGUAAAAGUUGGAAAAAAUGGCCUUCUUUUCUCCUCUUCGUCAGAGCUAGCUGAUGAACUCUUGAUGCUUUUCAAGGGUUUUCCCAAUAACUGUAAUGCUUUAAAGUCAUUGAGGAAUGGUGCAUUGGAGAUGGGGUCUUCUGCCAGGUGGGCGACAGAAUGGGAAGAGAAUGCUAAGCCACUAAUAACUGAGGUUAUCUCUGGGAGGUUCAAUUGAUUUAUGUUUCAGCUGCAAUGCAUUUGAAGUCUGUUCCUUGGACUGCAAGUUGGUAGAAUCUGCUAUCCCACCUGCAAAAGUUCUUACCGUGAUGGCACAGCUAACAUCAGGCGGGGCACAUAUACAGCCAUUUCCAUGUAUUCAGAAGCAACUGCAUGACCUGAGUAAUAGUUAGUUGGCAUAUGUUUUAUUCUUUUACAGAAAGAGAUGAAAUGUUAUGAAACUCAGUAUUGUCACCAACGCAAAAGGCGGAUAUACUUUGAUAUAGAGAGGAGCAGGUCAAUUAUUCUGUAUUUCAAUUUGUUUCUUGUAGCAGCUUUAGGCCUUCAGGGCUGAGUCCAUGUGGUGCACUAAUCAGAAUAGUGUCGAGAUCGAUGGUGUAUUUGUUACCAUGUGUUAGAGAGAAUUUCGUUUCCUC